AUGGCCUCUCAAAAAAAGCAAGGAGAGCGAGUUCUUCCAGUACGCUCGACAAGAAAGCGUCGCCAAUUACCUGAUAUGCUUUACUAUGAUGAGAACACCGAUUCCUAUGUGAUGCCUGAUCACAGCCAGGUGUCUAUUAGCUCUAAAACACCCAGCCAAUCUUCCUCAAUGAACUCUGAUCAAGUUGCGAAUCUACAAGGAGAGCAUGCUCGCGAACUAAGGAUUCAAGAGUUAAUGGAGUCUAAGCUUCAUCAUAUCCGAAAAGAGCAGCGUAGACAAAGAUAUCAGAGAUUACAAUGGAUGCAAGAUUAUCAAGAGUGGGAUAAAUCAGAAGACCAAGACCAAUGGAAUUCAGAUAAUGAAACUUUUGGUCCAGCUGAGCAAGCUUCAGCAAUUUUAGAUGCCCUUCGAUUUUCUGAGCAAUUUAUGCAAGUAGAACAAACGUGA